UUUCCAAUUACCUUUGGUCUCACACGUGUGUCACAUGUGUAUCAAUAUUGAUAGUCCAUCCGUGUUAUUUAUAAAUUAUCACAAGCAUGAUUUACCAUGACUUGCUUGUCGAACGCAUACAUUGGAUGCUGUAAAACUUCACCCUUUCGCAACUUCUAAACGACGCGAUUCGAAAGGGUUAUGCUGAUCGUAAGAGUGCUUUGUGAAGCUGACAAUGUGAAUUAAACCAACGAUGUGACCCAGCGUGAACUUUGGCUUUGAGAGAUAAGGGCACUUUGAAUUUUAUCUUGCAUUAUAACGAUGCAGACUUUCGUUUGAAAGCACAGUGCGGAAAACGUCAGUAGUUGCUUUAAUUGAAGUAACUCCAAGUGUCGGAUGGAAAAUGAUGUACUUAAAAAUUGUUUAACAUAAAUGACAUCAUGGAGGUUACCUCUGAAAAUGAGGUAGAUCGUUGCGAUGAAUUAGAUGAAAAGGAACUAUUAGAAGCUGAUGUAAUUUAUUUGUUGAUGAAGAAGGGUUUUCCCAUAUCUCGAAAUGUGAGAGCCCAGUGGAUGCUCGAACAUUUGGAUACGAUUGUAACGAUACAACAUCCAUCGAUUGAAAAUGAGGAAACACCAGAACUUGAAAUCGCUUCGAUUAUACCAAAAGAUUAUUCAUCCUCUUGGAGUCCAAAAAAUAAUUACCAGUACAAUUAUAAAGUUACCUCUUCGACAACGAUAAUAUUUCUUGCAUAUAAGUACAGAAUGGUUUUUAGCCUGGAUAUGGGUCCAUCUUUAGCUACUAUUGACAUUCAACAUGGGGAAGUUGUAAUAGAUGAAGUGUACCUGUCCAUCAAAAGAUGCCUCAAAAGUAUAACAAGGCCAUUCACGAUACCAGGAAGUGAUAGAAUAAUGCAACCAGAAAUUUAUGUGACUGUGAUAGCUCACACUCCAUUUUUUACUAACCCAGCUCAACAAGUACUUGUACAAGGAUGGUUAGUCACUGCUGAUAAUGUUGCUUAUCUAUUGCAAUUUAUUGAACAACAAUUGAGUUGCUUAGAAGAAAAAGUAGCACUGGCAACAAAUAUUGCAAAUCAGCAGUUAGAAACAUUGAGAGCGGAAAGCGAGCAAUUAGUUGGAGGAUUGUUCGAGGAAGGUGGAACCUGUUUUGGUACAAAUAAUAGCAGCUCAAUAGCUAACAUCUGUAUGGUGUCUCCUGAAUCCAGUUUUGUUAAUAUGUUGCGAUAUGGAAUGUUGGCUCUCGCUCUUCUACCGGAGCACAGCUGUGCUCAUUUAGUAGUGAUAACCGAUGGUAUAGUAGGAGUUGCAGAUGUCCACGUUCUAGACUCUGUUGUGCAACAAUUACGAGCAACAACAGUAGCAUGUAGUUUUCUUCAUGUAGGCAGUACUUAUCAUCCACAUUGUGCAGAAGGAUUGGUACCAUAUCAGGACUUAUUACGUUUCCUAGCAGCAGCGACUUUGGGUAGUUACAUGACCUAUGUUUCACGAGAUAUAACAGCUUGUGGAACAGAGAUGAACAUUUACCACAAAAGUUUCCUGUGUUGGCAACUGUAUCGUUCAGAAUCUAAUGAUUCAUUAAACACUGAAGAAUUCACUCAUGAAUGGAUAUCGGAGAAUUUUUUAUUCCAAGGACACCAGACUCCAUAUCUUCUGCGAAAGAAACAAGUCGAUGACAAAGUUACUUGUACCUUAAGUAAUUUGUUAUGCUGUCGCCUGAGAGAGGGCUAUCUUAUAAAGAAAGCUUCAUUACGUGAAGGAUCUCUUGAACUAUGCUUUGUCUUGUACUGGAUGUCCCACGUUUUCUUGGAAUAUUUGGUGUCUUGUCCUUGGCCUUUAAAAUCACUAGCAGCAUCUACAAUAAUUCAGUACGUCGUGACUAUUGAAGCACCAUAUGAAUUUUUACACGAUAUAACUUGUUUAUCCAAGAAGCCACUAAAGUCACAGUAUCGACAGGGUGUAGUGUCUCGAUUCUGGGCUGCUCUGUCAUCAUUAACUGAGAGUGAUAACAUGUUAGCACAUUUUAGUUGGUUUCCUGGUUCAGGAUGGUCUUGGUAUAGUGUACCUGAUACUGUCAGAAAUGGCAUGCCUGUCUUUUAUUUGCCAACAUAUCCAUCGGCUCACACAGUGCAACUUAGUGACGCAGCCUGUCCUCAAUUUGGACAAAUAUGGCAACCUGUUGUUUCAAUGGAUCCACAUCAGUGGGCUCGAUGGAUGCAUACUCAAAGAAUUACAUUAAUAUUAUCUCACGAUAAGCCUUUACCAAGGCAUUUGCAUCGAGCUAAUCAGAGUGGUCGUUUUCAAUGCAUUCAGUGUCGACAGGCAGCAGCAGCAUUAUAUGCAAUGUUGAAAAAUUGGGCAACAUUUGUGCUGGUAGAAAAUCACACUUACGUGCAAUUCAUUUAUAGAGAAGUUGACAAACCCCCAGUCUCCUUUUCGCUUAUUCGGAUUAACUGUAAGGCUCUCUGUGUCGUACUCCAUAUUGCAUUCGCUGGAGGUACCGAAGGUGCAGUACGGCACAAUGUGGUCAUAGACCUUUUGGAGAGGUUAUCGAAAUUGACCUUACCCAGCAGACCAACGGAACAAAGAGAAACACCGUGUUGCAUAAUUGUCCAUAAAGCUUUGGAGAAAGUUCUAAUCAGAUAUGAACGUAUGCCAAAUGACUUGAGCACCGUAGUCUUUCCCGAUGGAACUCAACCCGUUGCAGUCAGAACUCCUCCGUUACCAGGUGGUAGCUUAACGACAACAUUGUCGAGGUAUCUUUAUCACAGCCGAUGGCUAUGGCUCGUAAGGAGACCCUUCGUACAGUCUACACCUGGAAUUACGCUACCUAGAUUGAACAUCACCGCUAUAGCCAGAAUUCUUUCGACUAUUACAAAGAUACGUCUGGCAGAAGGUUUUAACUUCGCUUACUCCGCAGCAGGAAUAAUAAAUAUGGUGCUGGAGGUACAAAUGCAAGGACUUGGAAGUGAUACCCCAUCACACCCUUGUAUCAUUCAGUAUAUCUUGUUUCCACCGCAUACAAUUGCUAAUCCAACUUUGGAACAAGAUAGCGGCUCAGAUGAUGACACUGACGAAGGUACAGCUGAUGGAGAAGGGUAUACCGAGGACAACGAAAGCUCUGGUGAUUUUCAAAUUGUCACCGAAGCUUGGAUCGAACCUCAAUGUGGUCGAGUUGUUAUACCUUCUCAUCAGAGUGCAGCCUAUAUGAACGCUCUACAAUAUUAUCAGUUACCGGAUGCUAUCGCUCAAAUAGACGAGGAAUGCAUCAAUGCUCUCCUGACGCUAGAAUAUCUUAGCCUCUUGAGCCAGGAAGUGUCAAACGAGAAGAACAAUAUUCUUUCAGGGCAACAAUGUUCUGGUAUACAAAUGAAUCCAGGAAAUGGCGGAACCGUGGGAAGAUCUAUAAAGCGACCGGCAUCAACUGAUUUUUGUGACGGACCGCCAGAUACAGACGAGAGGAUUCAUUCCGUGCUUUUUGCGUUUGAUACUUUAAAUAUAUUGUCAAAAUGUCAACAGGCGGAGCUUUUGUUCUCCAUGUUUGCCGACGGCGCAGGCUACGUCGAUGAUGGAAGGGAGAGUGCCAAUCGUGUUUUAAUAGAAGGACUGAUAGAACAUUUAAAGCGUAUACAUAAUAAUGAACUGAUUUUUACACCGACUGAUUCCCAAAGAUUUACGGAAAUGCUUAAACACAGACUGCGCGAUCAGGGAGCAGCGCCUGUAUUUUUGUCGCGGACAGGCACGGAGGAGCAAAUCGAGGAGGCAAAUUCUGGCCCUCAGUGGAGGUGUUUCGUUAAGGGUAUCAGUGUGACCCACGUGAUAAUAACUAUACUACCUGCAACUGAAAAAGACGUAAGGCUGAUAGUGUUUCCCGAUGAUGGGAACAAAGGUGGAUUUAACGAUAUUCAUUGUACCACUCAAUGCGAGUCGUUAACAUCUAAUCCCGACUUUGGAGAGAGGAAUCUGACACCCGUUCCUUCCAUGAGAAGUCCUAAGGAAUCGGAAUCCUUACUUACUCUACACGUCGGGGACAUUGAAUCGAAUAUUUCGAGCCGAAGCACCACUGCACAAAGUACACCUAAACUCGACGUUCAUCGAAAUGUAGCCGCUAGUAAAGGAUCCAAGCAUGGAUCGAUCUUGCCAGUGUACGUGUAUGAUUGUUCUCUAGCAUUGUUGAUAGAUGUUCUGGUCGACAAGCUUCCAUCGCCUCGGGCGAAGGACAUCUACCAGGAUCACACCUUCAGGAUGGGAGAGCAAUUAGGGGAGGAGUUCAUUAAUUUGAAACCUGGCGGUGACACCAAACCCUCUUCUCCUGAGCCGAAAAGCGAAGACUCCGAUAACGCUUUCAAUGAUCAAAGAAGUUUGAUGGAACAUUGUAAGCUUCUCAACUUGGCACAUUGUCACAGUUAUGUGGUAGCUGUGUACAAGUCCUUGGCUCUUCAACUACCUUUGAGCUAUGAAGACAUGGAAGCUACGGUGGACCAAUGCGAGGAGUCGAUGAUUGAGAUCAACAUCACGAAUUAUUUACGUUCAGUUUGCAGACAUCUGAGCUGCUCCAAAAAUAAUUCGGGAAACUAUUUAGACAGACCGGCGUGCAGCAAUAUUCAACCCUUGCAUAAUUUAAUUAAGAACAAAUUCGAACGAAUCAUUACUGUUGCAUUUCGCCCGGUACCGGCACAUCCGGAAUUCUAUUACUGUUCUCCUUCCUGGAGCUCGGAGAGACUGGAACAAAGGUGUUCGCAGAGAUCAGAUAGCGAUGACGAAUUAGGUUUCACCUUCCAUUCGGAUAUUCUUGACUGCAAAAUGGACGGAAUAAUUGGGAAAGUCAAUCAGGUAUCGAAUGCGACAUGGCCAAGCACUACUCAUCACGACGGGGUAAAACUUUCAAGUUUCGCCUCCACGGAAUCCCUUAGUUGCGAUUUACAAGAUGACGGUAGCUCCUACAAAGAGCAGCCACUCUUCCUGCAAUUGAGUUGUUCCAUUCAUUACCGAUCCAGUCUCUCGAGUACCCCGGUCAAACUUUUACCGACUUGCCUCAUGGAAAUAAUUGAAAAUUCAGAAGAAAUGUACGAUCGGGAUUGGUCUGAUCUGAAAGUCACGUUAGACAUUAUUUGCUUGAACCUUCCGAAGGAAGUACUCGAGGUCAGCACGGAUACGCACCCAGGAUUAAGGACGACUUCUUAUUGCAGUGCUUCUCCAUUGGGUAGCACUAGAACGGAAAGUGAAGGCAGUCCAGGUAACGAUACCCAGCUAUCAGAGACCGAACCCAUUUUUGAAAAGAUACCGCAUCUUUCUCUUUAUCAACGCAAUGCUGUGAAUAAUUUGAACGAAGAAAUCGAAUGGCUGUUAAAGGACGAAACCGCUACAGCCUUGUUAGAUCAGUCAAUUGUCACCGAGGAGACCCUGAGAUUCGUGGCUCGUCAUGUGUCCGAAUCGAAUAAUCGCUCUAGUUGUUUUAAGGACAAAGUGCCAUUUCGCUUUGUCUUUUCCUCGGAGAAUAGCGUCCCAAAGUUCUUGGAUGAGUUGAAGAAACUUAAAAUCGAUCGGUACUGUAUUAAAGAAGAGGGAAGUCUGUUUUAUUUUGUGAAGAACGAAGAAAAGGUCUCCAGUAGUUUGGAAGUCGAGACUUCGAAGAAGGAUUCGGUGGAACACGACGUUGAGGAAGAUGACGUCCUUUUAAACGAUGAAGAUCAAGAAGAGAACCAAGACGUUAAAAGCAAAAUUAGCGGACAAGACUCAAGCGAUCCACCUGGCUGUUAUUCCGAGAUAUCCAGUUUGGGCGAUGGCCAAGCUGGCACCGACGAUGGUUACGAGGGUGAUAGCAGCGAUUCCGAGGAUGACUGUCAUUGGCUGACAGAAUUGGACAACCGAAGGAACCUAGUCCCGAAUUUCUGGCUGAUCUUGGAAAUCGAUAGUAACAAAGUCAACAUCUAUUUUCAUUGCAGGUUUUUGGAUCUAGCCUCCCCAGAAGUUGAUCGAUACAGACAAGUACAGAAGACAGUUAUCUCCCAGAUCAAAGGAAUAUGUCGUCGAGUCAAUCAAUACCUUUUACUUCAAAGUCUACACGAUACUCGCAUGUGCGAUCCGCUGCUCGAGCCCGAAUCUAGCGACGACUACAACUGGAGAGUAGAGUCCACCGAGUCUAGUGGGUCCGUUCCUAAUCAGAACUCCACCUCGAGUAUGACCCCUGGACAGUUCAGGUGUCCAGUUGUUUGGGAAUAUCCCUUUUGCCUGCAUCCUAGACUCAAAACCGGCCCAGGGAGGUCCGGUCUAUCUCGCGGAAUCAAGGCAUUGCAUGGCGUUCUGAACAGGUUCUCCGUGAACAAUCGGAGCAACCUGUUCGUCUACCUGGAGAACAACGAAAAUGUAUUCUAUUUGAGGCUCCACGAGCAGACAAGCGACGGCAAACCCUUGCAGAACAAGUUAUCGGAAAGCGACGAACGACUCGUGGUUUCCCGCAGCAACAGCGUGGCUUCUCUUGCACAGACCAGAGGACGAAAUUCGACUAACGACCAGCUUUCUGCAAACGAUACAAGACCCAGAGUGCGCUCCUUUGGCGAAAAAGAGAGCGACGUUCUGGGCAAGUCUGGAGAUUCCAUUGUACUGAUGGUACAUGGCAUCUCAGAGACUGGACCAGAAGUCCGGUACGAGUUAGUUCAGGUUUUACAGAAUAGGCUGGACGAUGCCGUUCUGGAGGUGCUAUCGGUAAUGCUGGCGAGGAAUCCAAUGUGUAAAUUAACUCCUACUGAUGUACAUUUUAUUCAAAAGCCUUAUCGAUCUCCUGAAAGCGUGGUACAGCUCUCGGUGCAGCCUCACUGUUUAACUCAUAUGCACGCCUUUGGACACUACUUGAGGCAGAAUAUCUUGCAAUUUCUGUACAUUCCUAAGUACACCGAUGCGAGAGCGCAUUAUCACUUUCAAGAUUAUUCCCAGCCUGAAGGCUCCAGCAAGAGAGUGGCGGAAUCGGACAUUUAUUUGUACAAUCAAAGCCACUCCAGUGGUAGCAGAGGAGUUGCUUGCAUUGCUCUAGCAGUUGUGAGUUCCCAGGUUGGAAACAUUACCGUCAACGAUUCUCCUACCGCUGGAACGCUUCCUCUCCCUUUCUUAGAAAUUGGUGAUUUUGAAAAGUUGGUGUCAUCCUCGGUAUACUCUGGCAAGGAGCAUCCCGAAGAACCGGUCCCGGAAGUGCUAAUUGAAUUCAGAAUUUGGAAACAGGGCAGAGUCAAUCUAGAGUCCCUAGUGCAGAAAUUAUGUGCUGCCGUUAAACAUGCGACGUGGGAUUUACUUACGGAAUAUUACUUUCUACCGACAGUACUUAUGGAGCCGUUUUCCGUUCAUUCUGGGGACGAUAUCGUGGCUGAAAAUAAGGCGAAUAAGGAAACUCAGACUCCUACGAAGGUUCCACAGUCUAGCUGUAAAGUUAAUGAGAAUAUUGUCAUCGGGACCUACGAAUCUGGCGAAGAAGGGAAACUACACAAAGUAUAUCAUACUACUUUGCCAUAUUGGUUUCAAUUUGCAUUAGAGAUUGGAGUUCCUGCUAUCAAGAAGCACGUUGUCAUGCUGCAAAGGAAACAUCCUCUUCCCACGAUGGUCAAGGAGCUUCAGAAUCUUAUCCGAGGCUAUGCAUCCGAUACGAACACGAGGACUUUUGUACUUCACGAUCAGCAGCUUCUCAAGCCUGAAGUGACCAAGUCGAAGGUGUUGAAAAUUCCCAGUAAUUUGGAAAAUAAUGAGAACGUUAUUUCCACUUGUGGACAACGAGAAGACGAAGACCUUCCUAUUUAUGUUCCGUGGGACUUUUAUAGAGAAGAUCAUAGUACUCACAAGAACAGCAUUUUAGUUGGGAGAAAUUUUCAGCAAUGGAAAGCUUCGUUCAGCAAGACCGUUGAGCCUGAAUUGCUGCAACCUAAGGAUCAGAAAGUGCUGCAGAGAUUUAAUCCCUUGAUACUGGAAUCCAGUUUCGUGCCGAGACAGCGAUUGCUGCUUGCCAAGAUGCAGUGCGACAACAUCGUUCUCUACAUUUACAACUGGUCGAAGGAGAGGUCCGAGAAACUCAUAAAACAAACUACCAUUCUCGGUACGUGGCUCUCCUCAAGGUCCAUUCUGUUAUCGAACAUCAUCAUGCAGAAAAUGGGCAUAACGCAUCAUCAACCGUUACGAAACUAUCAGCAGAGCGAACAGGCGAGCUUUCAGUACUAUCCCAUCACCGACAUGGAAACCUUAACGAGGUUUCCUCAGGCUCUUCAGGCCGACAAGGAUUGGCCUCACUCGGCCAACCGACCUCAAGUCGGUAAGGUUACAUCUUUAACAUGGGACGACAUGAUCGGACAUCUGAUCCGCGAUGCAAAGCCUCAUCAUCCUCCCAACAUCUCCGAUCCUGUCGUCAAAGCCGUUUACGACUUGCAAGAAUUAUGUCGUCGGGAGAAGAAAUCAAAAGAGGACUUGAAGAGACUAAACGCUAUGUGGCAGACUCGCGGAACGGCUCCGAACAUCCCAGUCUCCCUGACAACUUUGAAUACAUUCAAACAACAUUCUCGCCUCAUUCAUUAUUGUCACACGCCACUUUUAUUUCUCCCCACGUGGCGUUUAGAGUCUGCAGCUACGAGAGAUCAUUCUUUGACACCUCCGCCUUCAAUUUUGCCCAGUUUCAUUCCCGAAUCUACGCAAGCCGUUCAGGGAAAAAGUACUCCUGGAAAAUCUGGGAAACGUAGCGUUAAUGCGGUCUCAGAGUGGCAUCAGGAAUUGUGCGAUUUGAUGCUCGAAGAGUACAAACAGUACCUGCAGAUUUUAGGUUUCAAUCCGAUACAAGUGGAAACGCCGAAGAAAUCAGAUGGAGAACCAACGGAGAGUCAGAAAGGUUCAUGCUAUCUGCAGAAAUCCAUGUUAGGUGGAGUUUUGUUGUUCGAAGUCCACCUAGCGCAGCCAUUCUUCGUGGUUAAACUUAGAGUCAUCGAAUGCAGUCGUCUUCAAACCAAAGCUAGUAGUGCUCUUACAAAUCAGUUUACGUUGAGUUUCGUGGAUGCCUGCGACAAGAUCAAGACUAACAUGCACUUGCACUCGUUUACGUACGACUUUCAUCUGCGAUGCAUUCAUUCUUACAUCGCUGGAACUGGUCAGUGGUCUUUACAGCAAGGUUAUCAUCUUACCCACUUUCUCGACGACUUUAACAAAUAUUAUAGCAAAGCUCCAAACUACGCCAGAAAUCUCGUCUACAGUGACACCGUGACUGUCGGCAACCUGACUACACCUGCUCGAAUUCUGUAUUCGUACUUACUCUCUCACGAGAAGACAUACGGCAUGCAAGUAUUGGGAAUGUCUCCCGAUUCGCAGGACACUCAGGAUGUAGAUUACGUGCUGGUGAGACUACAAAGUACUCCUUUGGUCAGCUAUCGAGAUGCGCAAGACAUGAAACAUACGGACGACUUCGACGUCACCCUGAUAGUCUCCAGGAUAGAACAACCAGCGCAGACUGAAAAAACAGAGAUCACUCUGAAAUACUACCUGAUGUUAACCAGUAAACGCGAGUUAUAUCCGAAAAGAGACGUGGAAAAUAAGCUGGGGAAAUUCCGCACGGUAUAUAGCGUCGCAAAAUCGUCCGCAACCAGUUCUCACGCGGAAAGUCCCUCAGGGUCGAGUCCAGUUUCACCAGUACCUCCAUUCCUGCAAAGACCCACAAAGAUCGAGACGAUCGAAAGCUCGGGUGAAUUUAACGAAGAUAGCACACCGGAGAAGAACCAGGAAGAGAUUAAGGAAGAGGAUAGCACAGAUAUGAACGAUUCUCUGCCACCGACUCCUCCUCCCGUCCCCAAUUCACCGUUAACUCAGAAUCCUGGUGUCCUUAAUGCCGCUUCUUCGUCGUCCUCGUCCACCCAUCUCCUACAAAUUCGCCAGGAAUCGGUAAACUAUCUUGGCUACUACUCCUCUCAUGAACAGUUGAUGCAUCAGAUGAUGAUGUCGCAGGCAUACGCGGCUCGCGAGCACAUUGUUAACAUGGUAGAACGAGGAGCGCUUCAUUGUAAGACUCAUCUUCUUUGGAACAAGCUCCUGGAGAACAAAUCUACGAUGAGCUAUGCAGAGUUUAUGGAACUGCGAUCGCUGGCUCGAGUCGAGCCUUUGUCGAGUUUGGAUCAGAGACUGAGUCCUUUAAUUAGUCAACCAGUGGUUUGGUAUCAGACCUUGUCGAAAGUUUUGCAGAACAAGUAUCAGGAACAUCAUAAACAGUUCAGCACUCCGGACGGAAACGUUACUCAUCAUCUCAUUCUACAUCCGAGUUAUCUUCAGGCUUUUAUGCUGCUGACUGUUGAUCUACAUACGUCGAGGGGCGAAUUAUAUGCCGUGUACCGAAAGCCAGCGGAAGUCGUCGAUUCUCCAGUCAACACUGCAGAUAUUUACAGUCUUGUUGAAGGUUUCGUCAAUGCCUGCUGUUUCCAUCUUUGGAUGGGUCUAUAUAAUCAAUAGUUAAAUUUCUCUGGAUCUUCUUAGGAUGUUAACUUAUUCUUCGAGGUUGUCAUAAACUGUCUGUAAUCGCGGCGAACUUUGCAAAA